AGUUCAUUCAGAUCAUCACGAUAGGUAAGUUUUUCCUACGCUGACGCCGCGCUUAAGAGGGUUACCUUGGGCGAUUCGAAGCAGCAGCCUCUUCUCGCCCCGCCAUGAGCUCCGCACGCGUGUUCCGGGUGCCAGAGCUCCUCUUCCUCGUUCUCGACUUCGUCGGUGAAGGUGGCUACGACCACGGCAUCCGAUCUGCGUGCUAUGUCGCCAGAUGUUGGCGUGGCAUUGCCGAAGAGCAUCUUUGGGCGCAUGUUGAUCUGUCGAUCGUGCUCAGGAAGCUGCCGGACGAUGCAUGGUACAUCUACGACAGCAAGGCCCAGUCACCCCCCGAUGUCGAUUGUCAUCGUGUCAUAGGCGAAAGUCCUACUCUGACUCUACGUCGCGGUAUCACGCCCGCCGAAUGGGCCACCAUUCUCCCUAAGACAGCGCGCGUCCGCACUAUGCAGACUGUAGGUGGUCCCUCCAGCCCAGCAGAGCUCCUUUCCAAGUGGGGCCGCCUCGCCCUCGCGCCCGUGGUCUACGACAUGCUGGCUGCCAGCCUGCCGGACUUCUGCCUGUUCACACAUCUCCGCUCGCUCUCCGUUGGUGCUUUUGGCAGGCAGCCAAACGCACUGCGUCUCUUCCUCUCCUCCACGCUCCACACGGUGCAGGUGGAAGCAAGUGUCCAGGCGAGCGCAGCGGCUGCCUGCGUCGCGGCUUUCAUCGACUCGACGUCCGGCGUCUCCCCUAUCCAGGAAAUGACGCUGAACCAUAGAUAUGGGAGCUCGGACGCCAAGUUGGCGGUCCUUGCGGUCAAUCUCUCGGCGUGUACCUCUCUUCGCCGCCUCACCAUCGAGUACCUGGACCCUGCUCUUUGGCCCAGCGUCGCCCUCCUGCCGUCUUUGGAGGAGCUGACCAUGCGAUGGAGGCCGGAGGUGACCUUUGGCUAUGAUAGCGAUGUCGAAGAUGGUUUAUACGACUCCGACGACUUCGAUGAGGAAGACCCAUGUGACAAUGGCGAGGACCUUCCCUCUCGUGACGAGAUCCAGGGGAUCGCCUUUCCAGCGCUCAAAAGCCUGGUUUUCCCAUCCAUUCAGUGUGCUUCGCUUACUUUCACCCAAUUCCGCACCGUUUUGGAGAUGCGCGACGAGCCCUGGGCUUUGGAAAAGCUUGUCCUUCCCAAGGGUUCGCUUUACCUGCACCUCAAGUACUCCGUUCGCACGGUCCUGCGCUACAUUCAACAGCACAUCCGCGCGGACACGCUCACACACCUCGUUGUGAGCACCAUGUGGGAAUGGCGCAACGGGCAGGGGGAGUGCAACUGUCUGACAGCCAUUUCGCUACUCUUUGGUUUUUCCCACCUCACCGUCCUCCAUCUGCGCUGUUUCUAUUACGACGCACAUGGCGACUUCGAGCCUCUCGAUGCAGACCAGACGCGCGAGAUGGCGCGCAGCUUCCCACGACUGCGUAGUUUGUUACUCACGAUGCCCUUCUUGCCGUACGAGAUUGGGAUCUUUGGGCAGUACUGCAAGGACCUGCGCGAGCUCACGCUGAAUGUACAGUUCAGCUCCGAUGACAGAGACAAGGAUCUGUCAGAGCUUGCAGAACAAUCCGUUCUGCCUGCCCAUCAAGGCGUAGCUCUGGAGCGCCUGGUCAUCGGCACCUAUCUGCUUCACGGCGCGGACGAGGAGGAUCUUUUUGAAUAUGCGGAAAGAGUGUACCCCAAUGCGACAAUCCGUGAAGUAACAGCAGAGUAUGACUUAUGAUUUGUCCUUAUAGUUUGUACAAUUACGCUCUUGCAUCCAUCCAUAUCAUUGUCGCGUGAAUUGUAGGAGGGGAACUGGCAUUACUUAGUGUACCAAUGCGAAGGACUCUUCAAGUUCCG